AUGAUAAAUUUAAAAAAAAAUUCUGAUUCUGAUAUUGAAUCUCUAAUUGAAUCUAUGUUGCGAUUAAUGGAAUACAUGAACUCUAAUCCAAGUUUUAAAAGAAAAAUGUUUGAAUCUUUUAAUCAUGAAGAUUUAAAUAAAAUUUAGAAAAAUUUGAAUGAUAAAAAGAAUAUCAUGCUUCGAAAGAUUUCAUGUUUAUUUUUGUGUUGCAUAUUAUAAAAUGAAGAGAAUUGUGAAAGCUUUAUGAAAUUAUCAGACUUAAUACCAAUCAAUUCUAAAAUCACAUUAAAUGGUAUUCCAGAAAAGAUUUCAAAAUUUGUAACACAUGAUACUAUAUUCAAAUUACAAAAUGCAUAAUACUAAGAAAACUCAUUAUGUUGGUAUUAUACUUAUCAAAUGGCUAAGGAAUAGUCACCUUGUUUACAAUUUUUUUCAUUAAAUUAUUUGGAUAUCAGAAAAUCAAUUAAUGAUUUUGUUGAUCCUUUAGAGUCCAUUAUUGGAAUAGUUUACGAGAAAUAGAAGAUAUCUAAAACUAUAGUGCCAAAUAGUGAAAUCUCAAUAAGAGAUAAAAGAAAUUAAAUGUAAAAAUUAAGUAUAUCUCCUAUUCCAAAAUAAUAGUAAAUUGGAUAAUCAAACAAUAAUGUAUCUUAGGAAAAAUAUUAAAAACGUUAUGUAAUUUCAAAAGGUUAGCAAUAAACUUAAUAAUAUAAAGCAUAAGAUCAUUCAUCUGAAAGAAAGCCUAUAAAUUAUGAUAUUUUGAGGAAUAAAAUAUUAGAAUAAUAAAACACAAGAAAUAUGAUAAUUAAUUCUAAACCAAAUAAGGAAAUUUAAUCUACAAGUAUGGAGUUGAAAUUAAGAAUACUAAAAAAUUAAUGA